AGACAUCAUUGAUGUUAUAAUUGUUGCAGAGUUUAGGUGAAAACGACGACUUGUUUAGACUUCCUUUUCCUUAAGUGUGACCACAGAGUGAAACAUCCAAUACGUAAACAAUGGCUAAGAGAACAAAGAAAGUGGGAAUCGUUGGAAAGUAUGGCACCCGUUAUGGUGCGUCACUCAGGAAGAUGGUUAAGAAGAUGGAGAUCACACAACACUCGAAGUACAGCUGCACCUUCUGUGGCAAAGAGUCGAUGAAGAGGACGUGUGUCGGUAUCUGGAAGUGUUCGGCCUGUAAGAAGACUGUUGCCGGCGGUGCCUAUGUCUUCAGUACUACCACUGCCGCUACCAUCAGGUCAGCCGUUCGACGUCUUCGCGAUCUUAAGGAGUCAUAAACUUUGUGACCAAAUUUUUUGAUCAUCUGUCGCCUCCUUAAUGAUUGUCUAAUGAAUGUCAUAUUUAAUGAUUAAAACCCAUUAAUAUUUAAAUAUUAAUAAAUAUUUGGAUAAAAUUGAUUUAAAUACGAAAAGCAAUAAUU